AUGCGGACGUGUGAGUAUAAAAAGGUGCGUGGCUGCUCGCUAAAGCCGGGACGGCGCGAGCUGCGGCUGGACCCCGGCCUUCGUGUGUCGUCGUUGUUCGCAAACUUCCCCGAGCAGAAGCGGAACGUGGUGCGCGUGUUUGACGAGGACGGGGGUCUGAGGACGCGCGAGGUCGGGGUGAAGCGGUUCCAGUUCGCGCGCCUCUCCGUCUUCUACACGCUGCGCUCCCUGACGUGGCCGCUCCUCUGCACCUACCUGUUUCUGCUCUACCUCGCCGUCCUCUUCGUCUUUGCGGCGUUGUACCUCGCCUGGGGCGACGCGUGCGGGGCGUGGCAGGACACCACGUGGACGACGGCGCUCUACUUCACCGUCGUGAGCCUCGCGGCGAACGGCGGGUACUUUGGUGAGCCGGCCGACACGAUGCUGUCCCCCGCCCACCCCUGCUUCUCCGGCCGCACCUUUCUUGUGAUGAUGCUCUCCUACACCAACAUCAUCUUCGUCGGGCUGGUGGCGGCCCUCGUUGUGGGGAAGGCGCAGUACAGCGGGCGGCUCGGCCAGCGCGUCGUGUUCAGCGAAUUCUGCUCCCUCACGCCGCUGCCCGGGCACCGGGGCCGCAGAUGGGGCCUCACCUUCCGCAUGGCAAACAGCAGCGCGCGGCAGCCGCUGGCGCACGGACGGCUGCGGGUGUUUAUCGUCACUGCGGAGCCGCUCAAGGAGACCAGCAUGAUGCACGUCGCAGCGGCGCCUGAGAGGCCGCGGCGCGGCAAAGGCGGCGGCGGCGGACGCCAACGACCUCAAAUCGUGCCGCCGUCAACCGCGGAACCACCGCGUGAAUCGCGGGAGGCAAGCGCCUGCUAUUUCUCCUGCACGGAAACGCCGCAGGGGGAGGCCCGCAGGACGUCCGAGCGUGGCAAGCGACAGCGCCUUCGCCGUCAGAGGGGGCAGCAACCCUCAGAGACGUGUGGAGACCCGACGGAGGAAGGCGCGGAGGGCGAGGAGGCGCGGGCGACGGAUGUCGACCUCCGGUCGGCGACUGAACUCGGCAGCAGCAGCGCGACUGGGGUGGAGGCUGGGGCCCAGCGGCACGGGGUGUGCGAUUCGCCACCCCCCACCGCAGCAGGGCCAGAGCCUGCACAGCGCCAGGAGCAGCCUUUGCAGCAGCAAUAUUCUGUCACGCAGCACCCCGUCGCCGCUGCUGGUGCUGGUGCUGGUGUCUCCUCCGGCUACUCCGAGGUGCACAUCCCCGUGGCGGCAAGCUGUGGCGCCGGCGGCAACGACGACAGCAAUGAGGACGAUGAUGGCUUUGAAGGGGUCGACAUUCGCGUGGAGGAGCUGCGCUGGACAUGCCCUAAUGAGCGGUACCUGGAGGCGCGCCAAGGCCAACUCUCACUCUGGGUUCCGGUGAGCAUCACGCACGUCAUUGACCGCCGCAGUCCCCUUUACCGCUACUUGGGGCACGAGGGGGCGGACGACGCGGCACCCUCCUCGCAAACGCUCCUCGCUGAGCCGGCGGCGGCGACGGCGACGACGAGGACGACGGGCUCCCUGCACUCAUUUCAGAUCGUCGCCACGUUUGACGCGACCGAGAUGGAGAGCGGGGCCACCAUCAUGGCAAAGCGCACCUACACGGCGAACGACAUCGUCGCACAUUAUCGGUUUUCGAACAAGGUUGUGCUUAUGCGGCCUGGCAGCCGUGAGGUGUUGGUGGACUACCACUACUUCAACGAGCUGCUUCCUGCGCCCACGAGGUCGUCUGCCGCCGCCGACGGCGAUGCACCGCAUUUGAAGGCGGGGCCUGGUUAG